AUGGUCGUGGCAGCGAUGAAGGAGGCAGGGCUGAGGGUGGCUCCCCAAAAGACACAGAUAGUGUUCUACGGCAAGAGGAGGGGGAAGCCGCCCCCAGCCCACAUCGAGAUCGAGGGAACCCGUGUCUCCGUGGGGGCCGAGAUGAAAGUCUUGGGCCUCUGGUUGGAUGGCACCUGGAGCUUUGGCGGGCAUUUCGCUCGCCUGACCCCCAAAGUCAAGACUACGGCGAACAGCCUAGCCAGGCUUAUGCCGAAUCUGGGGGGGGGGGGCGAGCGGACAUGCUCGCCGUCUAUACGCGACGACCGUGCACGCCGUGGCACUGUAUGGUGCCCCUGUCUGGGUGCAAGCGGUGAAGGGCUCGGUCCGCUUGCGGACGCAGCUGCGUCAGAUGCAGCGGACCAUUGCCCUUAG